AUGUCAUUGGCGUCCACAAUGCCCGACAUUUCAGUGCCAACCCCGCAGCCAUCACCUUCGCGAGGGUUGUCGUCCACAAUGCCCGACAUGUCACUUCCAACCCCGCCGCCAUCACCUGCGCGAGGGGGCCGGCGCCUUUCCACGCCAAACCCAGACCGGCCGGCGCCCGUGCGAUCUCCGCACCGCCCGCGGACUUCGGAGGGCAUGCAGCGACCGCGUUCUGACAGCUUCUCGCGGCCCAAGACACCGCAGCCCUCUGAAAGCCCACGCCCGCGUACUCCCGUGGCGCCAUACACCAGGCCUGCCACCAGCAUGAGCUCUAGAUCCACCACGGCGUCGCCGGCAGUGUCCCCUCGCCCGCCCAGCCGCUCCGGGUCAAGGCGCUACGACUUGAAGCCGCCGGUGCCGCCCGCAAACGUCGCCUACCAGGCCAACAACACCCCGCAGCUUCGAAACGCCGCGUUGCUUGCACGAAUCAACCAGAUGCGCAUGAUCGAGGUGCCGGCCACUGUGGAGACCAUCUUGCAGGCGAGCGAGACGGAGGAAGGCACCGGAGAGCUGUCGUACCUCUGCGAAGUCUUCCACCAGCGCUUGGCCGAGCUCUUCAGCAAGGCGGAGCUACCGCAGCUGAGCCACGCCGCUGAUGUGAUCUUCCUGCUGCAGGAGAAGGCGGACAUCUUGCCUUCUCUGAAGCCAGCAGCGCAAUUGAAUGACAUGCUUGAAGGCCGUCUCAAUUCCUUCAUCCAUCACUCAACCCGUAUGUUGGAAAGCCGCGUUGACAACUGCCUGCAGACCAACAAGGUAGCGCAGGGCGGCAUGAAGGGAGAGCUGGAUCACUUUUUGAAGUGCUUCCAGCAGUCCCAGCUGCUAGCAAGGUAUGGCAUCACGUCCCUGAAGAGUCAGAAAAAGUCCUUGGAGCACCUUCUGCGUAUCGUGGACAGUGCUCCGUUGGUGGAUCUCCAGCAGCGUGCAGAUGACCUGUGUAGCAUCGAGGAGCGCGCCAUCGAGGACGCGCUCCUUUCGCGUCUACGCCGGGUGACUUUCCGCGGAUGUAAUUUCGUGGAUUGCCGGGCAUUGGCAACGGCCAUGGUGGAAUUGCAUCGCAAGCUCCACAUCUCGCUUUUUGACCGAGUUGUAGAAAAGUCGAUGUGCGAUGAGAUACCUGCGCUCGUGAAGGCCUGGCCAUUGGAGAGACUGCAGCAGGAGUGCGAGAGCGAGGGGGGCUUGUUCACCAUGGCUAGCUCCUGCAGCCGCAUCUGGGAGGCCGUCAACUCCGAGGUUGGUCAGAGGCUGCUGGCCUGGGUUUGCGACAUUGUCUCCACCUUUCGCCAGACCCGCGGCCUGGACCGCGCUCAGGCUGACAUAUCCGCUUGGAAACGGGCGACACAGCGCGCCAUUGGUGCUGGUGCUGUCGUCUUCGGCCCGGCCGCGCGAACCCAGGUCAUCGACAUCUUCGCCAGGUGCUACGACGACUUGUUGGCGAACUCCGACUUGGUCCACGCAGAGGAGAUAGACCGAAUACUUUUCCAGGUGGGCAUCCUGAUGGGCGCAGAUCGCCGUUUGAAUCCGGCCGCGCUUCGACAGGCUGGCCGGGUUGAGGAUUCUGGACCCGCUACGGGUCGCAACUUGCCGCCUCUGAUCCGUGUUGUGGGAGCCAACUGA